AGAGAGAGCUUACGGACAAACGGCUGCGCCUCAAGCAUCAAGUGAAUAUGUUAUCCAUGAACAGAGAUUUUUUACAUCCAUGCACAGCAUUCGCUUUGAGAUGUGAAGCAUGUUAGAGUAGGAAAUGGAUGUUGUGAGUGGUCAGUGUUGCGCUCGCGUUGCUCUCGGCGCGACGUCAGUGUGAGUGCAGCAGUGCAGUAGACAGCAUUACAUGAGCAGCCUGCGCUCGUCGCUGCCGCUCCUGCCUUCUGCACGUCAAGUUAUCCGCUACACUAGCUCUCAUCAUUCAUUCUCGUAUUGCUCCGCUCUUUCAGGCCACCCGACAUGGAUUUCUCCUGGAUUUCCCUUUUCUAACAUGGACGCCCGGUCGGAAGGUUGCUCCUUUGCGCAGUGAGACGGACAUGCGGAGCAUCGCUGAUAUGGAGUGUCCUCUUCUGUCUCAGUGACCAUGCCGUGAUCACAUCGCUGACAAAAACACAUCCAAAGCAGAAAUAAGUGGGAAUCUUACGAUCCAUCCAGGGGAAUGACAUGCAGUGUAUCGCAGGCUUCAUGAAGAUGUGCUCUCCUCUGGUAACUCAUCAGAGAUGGCUUGGGCUGUUGCUGCUCUUACUGUGUGUGGGAUAUUCUCACGGGAUGCCACAUGUGUUAAGAUUCGGGGGGAUAUUUGAAUCCAUUGAAAGUGGCCCAUCUGGUGCUGAAGAACUUGCCUUUAAGUUUGCUUUAAAUACAAUCAACAGGAACAGAACUUUACUGCCAAACACCACACUUACAUACGACAUCCAAAGGAUAAACAUCCAUGACAGUUUUGAGGCUUCCAGAAAAGCUUGCGACCAGCUCUCUCUGGGUGUGGCGGCCAUCUUCGGUCCCUCCCACAGUUCUUCGGCCAACGCGGUGCAGUCCAUCUGUAAUGCUCUAGGGGUGCCGCACAUCCAGACCAAAUGGAAGCACCAAGCGUCAGACAACCGCGACUCCUUCUAUGUCAGCCUUUACCCAGACUUCUCCUCCCUCAGCAGAGCCAUUUUAGAUUUGGUUCACUUCUUCAAGUGGAAAAUGGUCACUGUGGUUUACGAUGACAGCACAGGUCUGAUUCGAUUACAGGAGCUCAUCAAGGCUCCAUCUCGUUACAACAUCCGAUUAAAAAUCCGUCAGCUACCAGCAGAAACAAAAGAUGCCAAGCCCCUUCUUAAAGAAAUGAAACGAGGAAAAGAGUUUCAUGUAAUCUUUGACUGUGGUCAUGAAAUGGCAGCUGGCAUACUUAAACAGGCACUCGCCAUGGGAAUGAUGACAGAGUAUUACCACUACAUUUUUACUACCCUGGAUCUCUUUGCGUUGGAUGUGGAGCCCUACCGCUACAGCGGGGUCAACAUGACAGGAUUCCGUAUCCUAAACACAGAAAACAGCCAGGUGUCCUCCAUCAUUGAAAAGUGGUCCAUGGAGCGUCUGCAGGCACCUCCUAAACCAGACUCUGGCCUGCUGGAUGGUUUCAUGACAACAGAUGCUGCCCUGAUGUAUGACGCGGUACAUGUGGUGGCUGUGGCCGUCCAGCAGUCUCCUCAAAUCACUGUCAGUUCACUCCAGUGUAAUCGCCACAAGCCCUGGCGCUUUGGCAACCGCUUCAUGAUGCUCAUCAAAGAGGCUCACUGGGACGGUUUGACCGGACGGAUAAAUUUCAACAGGACCAAUGGCCUGAGGACAGAUUUUGAUCUGGAUGUGAUCAGCCUGAAGGAAGAGGGGCUGGAGAAGAUUGGGACAUGGGAUCCUGCGAGUGGUUUGAACAUGACAGAAAACCAGAAGGGAAAGGCAGCCAAUGUGACGGAUUCUCUCUCCAACAGAUCGCUGGUGGUGUCCACUAUACUGGAAGAGCCUUAUGUGAUGUUUAAGAAGUCAGAUAAGCCGCUAUACGGUAACGAUCGCUUCGAGGGCUACUGCAUCGACCUGCUGCGAGAGCUGGCUGCCAUCCUGGGCUUCACCUAUGAAAUACGACUGGUGGAGGAUGGCAAGUAUGGAGCGCAGGAAGAGAGCACGGGCCAGUGGAAUGGCAUGAUCCGAGAACUGAUUGACCAUAAAGCUGAUCUUGCAGUGGCACCCCUGGCCAUUACGUACGUGCGGGAGAAGGUCAUCGACUUUUCCAAACCCUUCAUGACGCUGGGGAUAAGUAUACUGUACCGCAAACCCAAUGGCACCAACCCGGGGGUGUUCUCCUUUCUCAACCCCCUGUCCCCCGACAUCUGGAUGUAUAUUCUGCUCGCUUACUUGGGUGUCAGUUGUGUGCUGUUUGUCAUAGCCAGGUUUAGCCCCUACGAAUGGUAUAACCCCCACCCGUGCAACCCCGACUCGGAUGUGGUGGAAAACAAUUUCACCCUGCUAAAUAGUUUCUGGUUCGGAGUUGGAGCUCUCAUGCAACAAGGAUCUGAGCUCAUGCCCAAAGCACUUUCCACCAGGAUAGUAGGAGGCAUCUGGUGGUUUUUUACCUUAAUCAUCAUCUCCUCCUACACUGCCAACCUAGCCGCCUUCCUUACUGUGGAGAGAAUGGAAUCUCCAAUUGACUCGGCUGAUGACCUGGCCAAGCAGACCAAGAUUGAGUAUGGAGUGGUGGAGGAUGGCGCUACAAUGACCUUCUUUAAGAAAACAAAGAUCUCCACGUAUGAUAAGAUGUGGGAGUUCAUGAGCAGUCGAAGACAUUCGGUGAUGGUGAAGAGCAUCGAGGAAGGAAUUGAACGUGUACUCACCUCAGAUUAUGCUUUCCUUAUGGAGUCCACCACCAUUGAAUUUGUCACUCAGCGCAACUGCAACCUCACACAGAUCGGAGGCCUCAUAGACUCCAAGGCCUAUGGGGUUGGCACCCCAAUGGGGUCCCCUUACCGAGAUAAGAUCACCAUCGCAAUCCUGCAGCUACAGGAAGAAGGGAAGCUGCACAUGAUGAAGGAGAAGUGGUGGCGAGGAAACGGCUGUCCUGAGGAGGAGAAUAAGGAGGCCAGUGCGCUGGGUGUCCAGAACAUCGGUGGCAUUUUCAUAGUGUUGGCUGCGGGACUCGUCCUCUCUGUGUUUGUGGCAGUUGGAGAGUUUCUCUAUAAAUCCAAACAAAACGCACAGCUGGAAAAGACAGUGCCUGUGUCUGGAGAGCAAACAGUCCUUCUUGAUGUAAGUCUCUGAAGACAGAAGGGCUUGGGCUUUACUUGCUCAAAUGGCUUCCAUUGUGUCAUCCCGCCUGAACAGAUGUGUUGUUCUUUCCCCCAUCCACUUCACUCGUAUACUUGAUCUACUGAAACAGUGACUGCUUGAAGUGUACAGUCAAUAAUGAGGUAGACAAUAAUUCUCCCAAAAAAAAAAAAAAAAAAAAAAAAUUAAUAAUUAAAAACCUUUGAAAUGAAUGAACUCCAGUUCUCUUGUAUCACAAAUAUGAUGUUUAAGCACAUCUUAAAGAAUUUACAUCUUGGAAAUUCUACUCAUGAGCUGUGAUUUCACUCACUAGAUUAAAGGACAGGUUUGCUUGGUAGGUUUUUUUCCUAUCAUUAUUAGCAUUCAUUUCCAUUUGAUGAUGCAGUUUCUGUGUAAAUCUGAUCUUCAUGGGUGUUUUCUCUAGAAUUCUCUUUAAAAUAACCAAAUGUCAGUUGAGUGGAUAAACCAAGCAGGCUAUGAAGUUCUCUUUGCAUUCACACUGUCCUGUUAAAAUGUUAAUAAUCAGUUUUAAUAUAUUUGUCAUAAUUUACUUCUCCGCUGAGCCUUCAUUUUUGCAUUUUUGGAACUAAAACAAGGCAUUUAAUUGCCUUUGUUUAUUUUAGAAUAGAUUUUGCCAGUCAUUAAAAAAAAGUUAGAAUGGCUCUUGUUCUGUAAUCACCACAAAAAUAGAAUAAUAAUUUCAUUUAAUCCCAUUUGCAUAUCAGCACUAAAUUUAAAUGGGAGGCCAUAACGGCCAAAAUAUUCAUAACUUGCAAAUAUCUGAGUAAAAUGAAAAUGAUAGAUAUUGAUCUAUCUAAGUGCUUCUGUUUGUUUGCUGUAAGUCAUUGUAUUGACAUUCACAAAUAUUCUGGCAAGGCAUUAUUUUGCUGCCUGAUCCUUGUUUAAUGAUUACAUGGACAUGAUAAACCUACUGGCCAAUGAUAUUGAGCAUCACUCUAGAGCUAGUGCCUUUCUAUAUAGAGACAUAUAGAAAGAAAAAUACCUAUAGUUCAUUCAUGUUUCCUGAAUCCAUAGUUCAAACAAACAUUUGCGAACAAUAUUGCAAAGCGAUGUGGUUGGAACUGCAGCUCUUGACCUGUGGUUAGAAGCAUCGUUUCUUGUUAGUAUGGUAUAUGGAAUAGAUCAUGCUCUUCAGCAAAAUAAGGAAUCUAUAUGCUUCAUUCCAUACAUAUACAAAUUUCAUUCUAUGUCUUUUAGUUUGUUAAGAAAAUUAAAGCACCAUUUUUGAAGAUUGCACAUCUCCUGGGGAAUCCUGGAGUGAUGUAAGGAAACCCACAAAAUAAUGGAGAACAAAAAUUGUGAAGCAGUCCUCAGAUGCCAUGUUCAUUAUUUAUAAGAAUAUUAUGUCAUUAAUUUGAUCUUAAGCUGAUUAAUUAUCAGGAAUUAUCACUCCACCACUUGUUUGAUUACAUUAACAACAUGGUUCAAACAACGGAUGUGUGACAGAGGACCUACAUUUUUGGGAAGCAGUCACAGCCAGUUAGUUUCUACAACAAUGCAACAACAGUGGCUAAGCAGUGAGUUAUGUUGUUGUAUUAAAAAGUGGAUGUAAGGGUUGAAAACGGUUUUGACUAAAUUUAUUUUUAAGAAUCAUCAUAAUCAUAACUGUAUAGGCUGUAUACAGAGUGACAGAGUGCUGAGGGUUCAUGAUCUAAAUGGAAGUGUCAAAUUUUAUAUGAGUGAUUUUGCUAGUAUUUAAAUUCAAUACAAAGCAAUGCAAUAGAAAACACACAUUUGAGAACAUUUAAAUUAGGUCUCAAAUCUGGCAACUGAAAAGGAUAGAGAGGCAAUUAAAGCAUUUUUGUACAAGACUUGAGCUGCUGUCCUCUGUUCAGUGUUUUCUGAAAAAAAUAAAUAAAUAAAUAAAUAAUCAUCAUAUGGAAAUGCCUCUUGCUCCUCAGCAGCGCAUUCCCCCAGAAAUUUGCAUUUUAUAAUUGCCUCUAUUUUGUAAGAUUAGGAAAGAGCCAACAAUCUGACCAACAGUCUUAUU